GACGAAUCCUCCCAGAUCAGCAGAUUGCAAGAACUGGAACGCGAAGUCCACCGACUCGAGGAACCACUCGCCACAUUAUUUCAUUCGAAGUGAGCGAGUCGGAUUUCUACAGACGCUGACUGGAACGAUUCCCACGGGCGUUGGCAGCGCAUGCAACGGCAUCGACGACGACAACGACGCGGGCUGCAGUUUGCUUGGUCAGCGGUGCAGUUGCUUUUCUAGCUUUGUAACCAGGGCAUAAAAAUAAUAAAGUUAGUUCUAAUUGAGACACGAUAGAGGAUAGUUAACUUUAGGUUUUCAUUAAUCAUUUUUUAAAAAGCCCUUCAGGCUAGAAAGAAUUGUAACUGGCGCAGUCGUAAGUAGGAUUCAAGUAAAUCCUUAGUCCGCGAGUGCAAGUGUCCGUGAUAAAACUUAAUCGAAGGAAUAUCGACAAAGUGGAAUCACACCUCGAGGUGAUAUCGAGGAUUCGAGGCUCUUCCCGAAGGACGGGGUAUACUUGAGAAUUCUGUUCAAUAAAAUAAAAACAAAACCGAUUAGUACCAAUGGAUUUUCGACUGGCCAUGGCAGUGUGGGUUCUCGCUUUCCUUAAUCCAUCCCAUUCCAGCUCCUCCAUUCAAAUAACCGACCUCCAACAUAAUCCCGGAUUAUUGGCACUAGAUAUGGGUAAGUCUUUCGUGAGGAUUGGGAAACAUCGCUUAUAUCACUUGACCUUAAGCAGUGCGAACCAAUUUUCGCCAGACUAGACGUCGCCAUACACGGACUGAAAAGCUUUGGAAACCUCUCAGACUUGACAGCAAUGUUGGAAUCAAAGUUUAGCAAUACUCGCAAGAUGUUUCAAAAUUUAAUGCCAAGGCAAAGAAACAAGAGAGGGUUGCUCAACUUUGUAGGAUCAGCCAUAAAGCAGGUAACCGGAAAUCUCGAUAAUGACGAUCUAAUAGAAAUAUCAAAAACUCUCAAAGCUCUAGAAAUCGAUGACAAAAUUUUAAUUAACGAAAAUAACGAGCAAGCUAGGAUUAACACCCAACUUCAGGACAGGUUAAACAAGUUUAUAGAACAGUUUGAAUUUGAUCACAACCUUAUCAGGAAAAAUCUUAUAGCAGCUAAGUCAAAUUCAGGAAUCGACAAAACAAUUAAACUACUGAGAGAAAUAUUGAAAAUUAAUAUCCAGCUAGAUAAUUUAGAAUCUCACCUGAAGCUUAUUUUCGAAUCAAUCCAACUAGCUAAACUAAAUACCAUACCAAGAGACAUCCUUUCCCCCGACGAGUUGAGCAUAAUAUUAGAUCAUUUUACCAACCAUAAAAUUAUCAUAGAUAGCAUUGAUCAGGUUUAUCAAUUCCUUAAUCUCAGCGCAUUUUAUAAUCACACAAAAAUUGUUUUCAUAGUAGAAAUUCCCUUACUAGAUGAACUUGCUUAUAGAACGCUGCUAUUAGAGCCAUUAAUAGUCAAAAAUAAAACACUUAAGCUACCCGCUCACACAGCAAUCACCAAUGACCAACAAUUCUACUUCAUCAUCGAGGAGUGCCAACGAGUCGGCCAUAACCAAAUCUGCCACCCAGAAAAUUUGAACAAUUUCACCUUAGAUGGUUGCUUUCCAUACUUGCUAAAAGGAAUCCCUGCGAACUGCUCGAUCAAGGAAGUAAGUCUACCCUCAGAAAUCAAGUCUAUAACCGAUAAUCACUUGAUUGCAAAACAAAUAAACAGUCAAGAGAUAGCAACCACUUGCGGGAUGCGGAAUCGAACCCUCUCGGGAACAUUCCUAAUCGAAUACCACAAUUGUACCAUAAUUAUAAAUGGGUUGGAAUUUACCAACAAAGAAUGGUACAAGGUAGAGCCAUUAUUGGUCGUUCCCAUGGAUGGUUUAGAAAUCCAAACUAUUGAUAUAGAGCCUCAAAUAAGUUUUGAAAAACUUCAUUUCAUUAACAGGCAUCAUUUGGAGACAUUAAAUUCUAAAACCAACGUAACCGCCUUUACUUCCAUAUCUUUGUCGAGCAUAAGCCUGAUAAUCGCAACAAUCGCUAUAUUUUUCUUAAUAAGCAGGAAAUUUAGCAACCACUGGAACCAUCACAACAAGAAGCCCUCAUCCGGUCACAGAGUUGAAUUCACUGCAAACGAGGACGUUUCGAUCUUCAAGGAGGGGCAAGUUACAGACGAAUCCUCCCAGAUCAGCAGAUUGCAAGAACUGGAACGCGAAGUCCACCGACUCGAGGAACCACUCGCCACAUUAUUUCAUUCGAAGUGAGCGAGUCGGAUUUCUACAGACGCUGACUGGAACGAUUCCCACGGGCGUUGGCAGCGCAUGCAACGGCAUCGACGACGACAACGACGCGGGCUGCAGUUUGCUUGGUCAGCGGUGCAGUUGCUUUUCUAGCUUUGUAACCAGGGCAUAAAAAUAAUAAAGUUAGUUCUAAUUGAGACACGAUAGAGGAUAGUUAACUUUAGGUUUUCAUUAAUCA